CGAACUCCCUUCCCUCAAAUUCUGACUGCUCCCUUCUCUUCACUGUCGCAUGAUGAUCUACCUAGCCCAUCAAGAGAACAGCAAGCAUCUUGAACCUUGAAUUUUGUCAUCAUCAUCAUGAAACCCUUCUGGCUGCCCUUCAUCAAGUCUCAAAGCGAUGACUGGAGCGCAGUGUUAGAUCGUAAGGAGCGCAAAAGGAUACAAGAUCGACUUUCACAGAGAGCAAGACGCCGGAAACUGGCUGGGAAAGGAGCAGACCUACUUUGCAGAUCAUGGGAGUCAGCCCGUGACAUAGAUCUCUCAGAAGUGGGGGGUUCUAAUUCUGACCACACCACACAAGCUCUGGGCAAUGAAGAAAAUCUGGUCUCUGCAAAUGAAACUCGACCAGGAUACAGCUGUGCUGUGUCUCCUACCCAUUUCGAACCUCUGCCAUCGGCAUCAAUCGACCUUCAGACCUCAAAUUCACUACCACUUCCGGAUCCCGCUAUUGACAGUAAAUGGCUGGCCCUCUAUUCUAUGGACUCAUUGCAUGCCUUCACUACUCUUGGCCGUAUGCUCCAGCUAGUCUGUAUUGGAUCGCCACAGCCCUAUCUAAGCCCCCAUCCAUCAGCGUCAACUCCUGCAACGCUUGCUCCAACAUUGCAGCAACAGCUGGUUCUGCACCAUACCUUUGUGGACAUCUUACCUUUUCCGUCGCUUCGUGAUAGUAUUAUCGGUGCACUGCAAAUCACGGAUCAGGACACACUUUGUAAGGACUUGCCACACGACGAGUGGCGGCUUUGGGGCUCUGAGCCAUGGGACCCUUGUGGGUGGGAGAUUAGUGAGGUAUUCGUGAAAAAAUGGUGGUGGCUGUUAGAUCAGGAGAUGUUGGAGAUGACGAAUUUUUGGAGGAGGCAGCAGGGUAUGUGUCCCUUGGUGUUAGCAGACAUCAGGGAAAAUUUUAGGACUAGUUAACUUAUAGCAGUGUCACUUGGUGCAAUUGAAUCGCCCUGAAUCGUGAACAGUAUACCGCUAGUUUAGUUAGGAUACCUAGUGAAGUGGAUAAUUGUUAUUUUGUCGCUUCAAACGUAGCUCUGCUCCACCUCUCUUACUCUAUG